AUGGCUCUGCUCAGCCCGACCUUCAUCUUCGGCGUCGUCGUCCUCCUCUACCUGUCCUCCUUUAUUCUCUUCGCCGUCGUCCGAAUCCUUACUGGCAUAUCCAUACAGAGAAUAGGCUAUUUCUCCCUCCGCCGGCUCGCGUACACGCCACGAGAUGGGUGCAAGAUCGAGGUUCGCGGCCUGGGGCUCAACAUUCACCGCCCAACAUUUGCCCAGCCCACAUGGUUGAGUGUCGUCAUCAGCGAGCUGACCGUCACGGUCGACAUUGGCGAGCUCGGGGGGAAAAAGAGCGAAGACAGUUCUACCGACUCGGACAGCACCGAUGCGGAGGAGACUGAGACUGAGACCCAGGCCUCCGAGCAGCCCAAGGUGCCACUAUUACGUCGGAACGGCGGCCCUCCGCCUCGGAGCCAGGCAUGGAAACAUCUAAUGAAGCUAAAGGACCGGAUGAAGAGGGCCCAUCGCAAGCUCAACUGGCUGCGUAUGGUCGACGUCGUCGCGAGCAAUUCCACGAUCAAGGUUGUUGACGUGGGGGAUGUGCAGUUCGGAAGCUUAACCGUCGCCGUCGACACGCGGCGUAAGAUGGUAGACCGCGCACGCUUCUUCUUCCAGUCUCGGACCGACAGGAACAAGCAGAAACAGCGCCAGGCCGAGUGGAUAAUGACAUUGCGCAGCGUUCUUUUCACACCGCAGGGCAAGGAAUCCCUCGAAAUCCUCGACAAUGCGACGCUGAAUAUUCACGGAUUUUUGUAUGAAGCGCUGGACGGGCUGAGAGAUGCUGCCAUCGCGCUCAAGCUGGGUCGUGUUCAUAUACCCUACGACGACGUCCGGGUUUGCGCCGAUAGACUCAAGCAAUGCAAGAUGGCCGCGCGCUCAUCUACACUGCUGGACGAGCCAGCCGACGUGUUCAUUGACAAGGUCAUACACGAGGUCGCCCAGCCGGGCAGCACAGACCAAGAACUGAUCCAGACGGUAUCUGAUUCGAAGGAGUUCAUUAGCUCGAUCCUGAGGGGCGUUAAGGAGGUCCAGUUCGCGGUCAGUUUUAUCGGCAUGACGAAGAAGGUGGAGUCCGUCAAGCCCAGUGCCAAGCCCGUCAUGCUGAAUGCUUCCAUGAAAGAGGUCGGCAUCGACUUGCACCGCCUGGACCCCAAGUCCCCUUCCCACAGAAUGUACUUCCCGUCCAAGGACAUCGCUCACGAGGCUCUCGCCGCAGCGUUGUCCAUCUCUGUCGGCGUCGACGACGGCGACGGCAAGCCGGAGAGGCUGAUCUACAUCCCAAUGGCAACAACCACUGUCAAGACAACAUUGCCCUCCAAGACGGUCGAGAUGACACAGGACGUGGGGGCCGAGGAGAGGAAUGCAAACAUUCUCUUCGCUAAUUCCGUAGUAACAUCUCCUUCGGUAGACCUCGACCCUCGUCACCUACCGCUCAUCGUCGCCAUGCUAAAGCCCAAGUCCUCGAAAAGGCCACGCAUCAACCACCAACCGCGUCAUAUGCUCAUUUCGAGGCUAUUGCCGAAGGCUAACAUCAAAUUUACCAUGCAUGAGCCAGUCCUCCGCGUCACUCUCCCAGCCGUGGACCAGCACGCCGCUUCUGACGAUUUUGAUUUAAUCAUAUCUUCUAUUUCGUCGGUUUCGCUCGACAUGGAGUCGUUCCACUCCUCUGUGGAAGAUCUGCACUAUUCACUUGCGUCGACCAUGCGAGUGCAGUCCCACGAGCUGUACUACCAAACGUCGUCGAGCAAUCGAUUCGACUUGAUAAAAACCGAGUCUUUCGAGCUGAAAGUGCAACUCAGUGCGACCCCGGACGUCCAUGUUGUUGCAUCGGGCAAUUUGCAGACCUCCUCCAUCAAGAUGGUGCGACCUGAGAUCACCGACGGUCUCAGACAGAUUGUGCGACAGCUGAGGAUGAAUGCGGAACCAGAGAAGCGCCCUAACCGACACACGUCCGCUAAGCAGCAGAACUUCCUGCGCGCAAUGCCAUAUUGGCUUCUGCAGUUCCAGCUCCAAGCAUCGGAUUUCAGCAUCGAGAUUGCCGGCAUCGACGAAGACAUUUCCGAUGACACCCGCGGGGUGUCUCUGCAGCUCGACGAGUUCUCUGCCGAGUACCGCGCGCAGAGGCUGGAUGGACUUCAACGACGGCCGUCACGGCGGCGAGCUAACAGCCGCACCGUCGCCCCCGACUCGGAUCUGCUCAGGAGCCCUAUCUCACCGCCACCCAGAAAGAAGCAGCAAGCCCACGGUGAUGGGCGGAGAGUCGCGUUCCAUGUCAGAGGCUUGGAGGCCUACAUCGUCGAAUCCGAAGAUAGGGUCGAACUGGAACCUUUCGUCAAUAUGCCGCGGUUCGAGGUAGCUUUCCAGGCUUUGAGUGACCAGCAAGGCCCGGUUUUCCACAUCCAUGCCGGAAUCCGUACUGUUCUCUUGCAAUACUCCCUUUUCCGCCAUUACUCAGUCGGUGUGGCUAUCAUGAUCUUGCGGAAAGCCUUCAUGAGGUCUAGUCAGGAUAUCAGCUCACCGCCCAUGUCGCCAACGAGCCCGCGGAAGGAAACCAGCGACCUGCUUUCGCCUCCGAUGUCGCCAGAGUCGCCUUUUAUUGACAUGAGCGAGUACUCAACGGUCACGCCGGAGCUGAUAGCGAUUGAUCUCAAGGCGGCUCUUGUGCAAGUCAAGGCCGAGCUGCCUAACGAUCCUCAAUUGAUGCUGCAAGUUUACGGGGUCGAGGCCGGCCGACACAGAUGGUCCGCGCCUUACUUAAUGUCGAAGCUCGUUCGUGUCUAUGUCAAACCCCCCAGGAUGCGAACCACAUGGGCCAGGAUGAUCAGCAUCAAGGGCGGCAGGGUUGAUUACCGCAAGUCUCGGCGGAAGCUUCCUGACGGCGGCUACCACGAGGAUAAGAUGAUCGACGUAAACUCGGACGCCAUAAGGUUCGCUGUACCACACGAGGUUCAGGUUAACAAGAUAUCGGAUAACGUUAUCAAUACCCUGAAGUCUGUCAAGCAGCUUCAUCAUCGCUUCAAAACCGGCACAAAUGAGUACAUCCUUGACAAAGCCCCGGGUGAUCCCAAGAACGUAUCCAAGGUGUCUGUCCGGACACACUCACUGCUCUUCGAGCUUGAGGACGGUGCGUUCGAGUGGAAGCUCGGAAUGAUCUAUCGCGCAGGUAGAGUCGAGCAGAUGCAGCGACUUGCUCGAGAGGAAGCUUUCGAGGUCAAAAAGAAAAAGGUACGCGAUGAAGAGUCAAGAAAAGAGUCGGGCAAACUGCGAGCUCGUUCGCUCUUCCAUCGCGGCCGGCAGCAGAGCGGAGCUUCGUGGGUCCGGAGCCAAAGUGCAGACGGAAGAAGACCCCGUUCCGACGAGCGCUUACGAGGCAGAGCACCGAGAUAUGACCCCGAUGGCGGAGGCCUCGGUCUCACAGGUUCAGCCUCAGUAGCGGAGCAGGAGGCUCGGGCACGGCUAGAUGCUUACAACGCGCAGAGCUGGAAGAAGCGUAUCGACCGGUUCUACGUCAUGGCAAGGAAUGGCAUGAAGGAAAUCCGCGGUCUUUUCUGGGGUCCUGAUCAACUCCCCGACGAUCUGGAGGACACGGAGAAUAUUCUCGAGGUGCCCCAACGGCCCGCACUCAUGUCCGCACUCAUCACCGAUCUCCAGUUCGUUAUCGACAAGCCGACCUUCGCGAUGAAAGACUUACCAGACUUCAUACACUCCGUCGGAAAAGGAAUGCCCAAGGAUAUGAAGUAUGGGUUGCUUGUUCCAAUGCAUGUGUCGAUCGACCUUGGCGAGGCCAGAAUUUCCCUGCGCGACUACCCGCUUCCCCUUAUACACAUACCCAGCUUGAAGGCGGGCCAGUCGACAAGGCUCCCGGCCAUGUCCCUGAAAACAAACUUUGUGAUAGCAGAAGAGUUUCGUGGAAUGGAGUCUACGCGCCGUAUCAAGGUUAACAUUAUCCCCCCUCGAAACCACGAGGCUGGCGGCAGUGACGAAGGCGGUUUUGCCAUUGACGUCCGCCGUACAAUUGGACCAGUCAAGUCGUACUCGAACAUGCGCGUUGAAAUCAACACAGCUCUGCCAACAAGAAUUACCUGGGGUCCAGCCUACCAGCCGGCCAUCCAAGACAUGAUGAUGGUCAUUGAGUCUUUUACCAAACCCCAAGUCGAUCUUUCUGAAAGAGUUGGUUUCUGGGACAAGAUACGCCUCAAUUUCCAUUCCAGGAUACAUGUGGCUUGGAGGGGCGACGGCGACAUGCAUCUUGCGCUCAAAGGAACGCGCGAUCCCUACUGCGUGACUGGCAAUGGCGCAGGCUUUCUGAUGUGCUGGCGCAACAACGUCAAAUGGAACAUCAAUGCCGACGACGAUCCAAAGCGAUUCAUGACUGUCGACUCUGGCGAAUACGUCUUGGCAAUCCCCGACUACAGCCACCAGGUCCGAGAGGCUGCGAGGCGAACAGGUGAAGAUGAAAGCCUCAUGGGCGAAGACAACUACAAGUCCGGGGCAUCCUUCAAGAAAGUGGUGAUGAAGCUCUCUGGCAAAGUGCAGUGGAUGACCGGCCUCGUUUUCGAACGUGCAAUCCAGGAUGGGCAACGCAGCUUUGAGUUCCGGCCGCAUUACGACGUUGUACUGCGGGCUCCUCAUCAUGUCAAGCCCGAGGACCAGCCGUACGAUGCCUUCCGUGGAUUCAGAAGCCAGCACAUUCAUCUGUCAAUCGCAGUCAGAGCCCCCGUGGACCGUGACUGGAUGGCGGACAACGUAGAGUCGUCAAGGAGCUACAACACGGUCCAUUGUACACCUCGCUUCUUCACUCACUUCUUUGCCUGGUGGUCCCUCUUUGGCGGCGCUAUGGCGUUGCCCAUUCGUCAAGGAUCUCUCUGGCCAGGCCGGGAGCGAAACAGCAAGAAGUUCGGCAAGCACCUCUCCACCAUCAAGUAUAAUCUUUUGCUGGCACCUCUGUUCCUCAGUCACAUCUAUAAGCAUAAGGAUGCCGAAGAUGCUUCCGACAGUGGUGUUUCUGCGACAGGCCUCAAGGUCCGUUUCGACAGCUUCAUGUUGGACCUGCACCAGAGGCGCGAGGAGUUCAACACACGAGACCGCGGUCGCAAAACUAAGGGAAAGACAAGCGGCAUCAAGCUUCACGCGGCCCAGCUCGACCUAGCAGCAGCUGAUGUUCGCGCCGUUUCCGCAAGUAUCCGGGGCACAACGACGGAAGCCAUCAAGAAGGGUACCAUGGCCAACCUGGUCUCAAAUCAGCAGGAGGACGGUGCUGAUCUUUCGCGUUUUACCAUUCCCGACAACGACUUGAGUUGGAUCGACAUGGACGACUUUGUAGAAUUGGACUGGAUUUUGCCAAUGGAGCCCAACCCCGAUACCAAGAUUCUCCCCCUUGCGUUUGCGCCUCGUCUCACCUACUUCCGGCAAACGGAUAUCGGUGGUGUCAUUGCAGGCGAUCCGGACCGUAGAAGCCCGUUCGGUGACGAGCCGACUCAUUUCUGCAUCAUGAGCCAUGAUGACGAUCCCCGCCGAGUCCAGGCACAGCUCAUUCAGGAACGCCUGGAGCAGCUGGAAGUCCAAAUCGAGAACUACGGCAGAAGUCUCGGAGACGCCGAACUUAAAGUUGUGCGCGACGAUUCAAAGGACCCCAAACUCGUCGCUGCCUUCGAGAGUUUGCAGCAGCAAGGCGCCAUUCUGCAGAGGAAGAAGGCUUACCUGCAGAACAUGCUCCGUCAGAUGAAUAACAAGUCGCCCAUAGACGGCAGCAGCACGUUUAAGCGGCGGGAGAACGGUGGCGGCGGCAAGUUCGAAGAGUCUGUCGACCUCGAGCAGGACGACUCCUUGACGAUACCCUCCGGCGCAGAGUUUGAAAGUGACUUUAACAACCGAUUCGUCAUUCACAACCUGCAUUUCAAGUGGAACAACACCCUUCGAAACAUUGUUCUUCGAUACAUACACCAGGUCAGCCAGCGGAGAGGUUUCGUCUACUACUUAUCUCGACCCGCGGUCAAAUUUAUACUGGAUAUCGUAGAGGAGCAGUACAAGGCCAAACAGAACCCCAAGCCGGCUAGCAAGAACAGAACCCCCACGGGGGGUGCCACAGCCGGCACUUCUCCCGAUCUCGAUGCUGCAGAGCGCGAGUUCAAGCAAGACAUUGAGGAUCGCAUCAAGGAUAUUCUGAAAGACGGCAAGAAAUAUGUUGACGCUGGCGGGGAAGACGAUGAUGAUGUCCCCAAUUUGCCGAUCGAAGACUUGUCGAGCGGUAUUUCAGACGAGUUCACGCCACAAAACAGCUACCACGUUCGACUCAUUGCUCCGCAAAUCCAGCUGCAGAGCGACAAGAAUAAGAAGAACGUGGUCAUCCUCACCUCGAAGGGCAUGGAACUCAAAGUUGUCGAGGUCAUGGACAAGAAGAGACUCGCAGACGUGGUCAGCGGUCUCGUGCAGCGAAGAUUCCUCGUCAACAUGGACAGCACUCAGUUCUUCGUCACUCAUCAAUCGUACUUCUCGGAAAUCGUCACGACCUAUGCCGGCAGCCGAUACGGGACCCCUGCCACGUCGUCGUGGCCGCCGUGGGUUCCCAUGGAAGUAAUGUUCGAUUUCGAGACCGAUCCUUUCGGCUUCAACCGCGUGGUGCAGAAGACCUCGGCCAUGCUUCGGUACGAGAAGUACAACACUCUGCGUCUAAAAUACAAUGACGACGUCAAUACCGAUGGCGCGGGCGAUUCGUCGCAGCCGAGCAACGAGAGGAAGAUGGACAACCUCUGGGUCGAGUUCCCACACGCCAGAGCUCUUUGCAACUCUGGCGAUUACUACGCCAUGUACGUCAUUGUACUGGAUUUACUCAUGUACAAUGAGCCUCUCGAAAAAACGCGAAGCGAGCGCCUGGAGAAGAUUAUGCUGGCCUCGGACUUCAGCGAUCUCAGCGGCACACCGGAGAUGGUAGAGAAGCUACAAGAGCGCAUCCGCCAACUGCAAGACAUCAAGUCCCACUUCCAGAUCUAUUCCAAGUACAUGGAUGAGCAGGGCUGGGAGGACCGCCUUCUCCUCGAACGGGACUUGGCAGCCUGCGAGGACGAGCUGUUCUUCAUGAUGAAGGCUAUUACGUCUUCGCAGCGCAGGUACGAAACGAACUCUGACAGCAACGCCCUCUUGAAGUGGAGCAUCAUUGCACGAGACACGGUUUGGCAUAUGCUCCGAGACAACAAAGAACCACUCGUCGAGCUGCAGCUCAAGGACGUGAGGUACGACCGAACUGAUAAUGCGGACGGUUCGCACAUCAACUUGAUCAGAGUCGGCAAGGUCUUUGGGCUGAACCUUCUUCCCGACGCCAUGUAUCCGGAAAUCAUUGCACCUUACGUCGAUGGCGACAAGGGCGCGGCCGACUUGGGCAGCCAAGAAAUGAUCCGAGUCUACUGGUACAUGCUUGAAGCUAUCGCCGGCAUCCCCGUUAUGGACCAUUUCGAAGUCAACUUGUUCCCGAUGAAGAUCCAACUUGAGCGUGAGGUGGGCAAGCGGAUCUUUGAGUACAUUUUCCCCGGCAUCGAUGGCGAGAACAAGGCCAAGAACGAUUCACCGUUCAUGCUGAAGCACAUUCCCACGGAAGACGACGAGGAAGACGAUGACUCGCUGUCCGGGUCUGGCCGCCUUACUACUAGCGACAAGGAUGGGUUCAACACCAGGCCAGGCUCCCUUGAGCUGCGUCUUCACCCAACGCUGAAUUCAGACUCCCCGACCAAGUCGAUCAGCAGCAAAAAGUCUCUCACAGUCAACACGGGCGAAGGCCAAGGUCACACGUUCCGCCUCUUCCGAUCCGUCGGCACCGGCAAGACCAUGUCAAAGAAGCCUUCGUACGAGUCGCUCAAGUCAACGAAGGAACCCCGCCCUGGGAUCGGCCGUACAUCGACCGGCUUCUCCUCAAAAGAAGGUACGGCCGCCGGCGAUGGCAAGAAGUCACGUUUCGGCCUGCGCAAGGAGUCCAAGACAGAAGAGGCCAAGCCGUCCGAUGACCUUACUAAGAUGAUGUCGCGUGCGAGCAACUACAUGACAUUUGCGCACAUCAAGAUGCCAUCGGUGGUGUUAUGCCUCAGCUACAAGGGCAAGGAUAACCGCAACGUCGAGGACGUGCAUGACUUUGUCUUCCGCAUGCCGGCGGUCGAGUGGCGCAACAAGACUUGGUCUAACCUGGAUCUCGCUCUCGCUCUCAAGAAAGCAGUUAUCAAAGCUCUCAUCUCGCAUACGGGCGCGAUCAUUGGGAACAAAUUCAAAUACCGCCCAAGCGGCGCACAAACUAGCAAGCUUCGAGAACUGGCGACCGGCUCCUCUCUUACGGCACCGGCACCUUCGUCAUCAUCACAGCAUGACGCCGAAAGCAUCAACAACAGCGACGAUUCGUCAAGCUUGUUCGGCAACUCGCCGGUAGACUACUCCCGAUCGCCCCCCCGCUCCUACCACGGCAGUUCGGCUAGUAGUAUUCCGAUACCGCGAUCCACAAGCAGAAGCUCCAGUAUCGCGAGUAGCCGCUCACAACAGACCGGCGCAUCGAGCAACCAACAGCCCAACGUACCCAGCUUCCUCAUGAUGACGCCGCCGACGCCGUUAGACAGCCGCGCGCCAACACAAAGCGUCGGCUUCGAGCUGCUGCGCCCCACUUCCAGGGGCAGCUUGGCGCCGUUCGACCAGGCCGGCGGCGGAACUAUGAGAUCUCUGUCGCGGUCGGGGACGAGCGUGGAACCGGGCGAUCGUCGAAGGGCGGCGGGGAGCGGGUUCCUCCGCGACAAGCUCAACCAACUCACACACCGGAAGCGCGACGCAGCUCAGAAGGAGGACAGCCAGAAGCAAGAGAACAAGAGGGAAGAGACGCCGGAGGGGGAAGAGGACCCGAACAACGCCGACGCAGACAGCCCCAGGGGCUCGAAACGGUUCUCCGGGGUGAGCAGCCGGGUCAAGACGGGAUAG